UCGGGUAGGCGGAACAACAGUCCGCGAUUGGUAGCGCACCGGUUCACACACUAGUAGACGAUGUUCCGCUCUCUGCGGGCGGUCGACGUUGAGUGACCCCGACAACGACGACGACGACGACGACGACGACACGGCUACGCAUCGACGUCGACGACGGGCGUUCAACCGCAACAGGCAUCGACGACUCGACGGCUACCAACGAGCACCAGGCGCUAUCUUCGCUAGGAAGGACAACGUCGCGAGGACGCGGCGACGUGACGACAUCGUCGAGGCACGUGAACGACGAGGCACGGGGCGCGCGCUGUCGCUUAACGCGCAUUGUCGCCUCUUUCGGCACGCGUAUGCAUUACGUACGCAUCGUAUACGUGCCCUCCGACGUGUCUCUGUGUUGUGAUGCCCUAUCGUCCGCCGGAAGAAGCGGAGCGCGCGCCUAAACGACCCUGUAUAUUUACUCCUCUAUACUCGUCGCGUAGUAGUUGUCUCGCGUGCAAAAAGAGUCGGUCAGUCGCGUCGCGCGGCCACGGAACAGAGUGAGAGAGUAGAGGAAGUGACUGUGUGUGUAUGUAUAUGUGUGUGUGUGUGGUGUGCGCGACGGAGAUCGAGGGAGAAAGAGAGAGACAGAGCGCGCGCGAGGCAUCAGGACGAAGGGGCGAGGCGUGUGAGGCAGGCUGAAGGCGUAAGAAGGAGAGGAGAAACGAGGGAGCGAGAGGGACUCUCGUCCCCCUUCCCCUCCCCACCUUCCUGCGCGCGAGUAGGAAGGAGAAAGAAGAGCGAGGCGACGACGGUAAGAAGGAGGAACCAAGAAGACUGUCCAGACGGUGCGCGCGAUACGCGCUGUUUCUAUACGGUGCUUUUUCGUGAGAAGAAUAACUUCUCUUGCGAAGCCGAGCGAGCCGCCCGCCCGCCGCGCAACCGUGUAUACGCGUGUGUAUGUGCGUGUGCGUGUGCGUCUACCGUACGAAUAUAGCGGAGCGCGGAGCCGCGUGUGUCGUUGAUCGUCGCAUCCCGUGUCGAUAUAUCGCGCGUGGAUCUCGGAACUUGGAGCGAGAUAAAUCGUCUUUCGCGACCACAUAACCACAUACACACACACACACACACACACACACACACACACACACACGUCUCUCUCGUGGAUCACGAUAUUCGCGAUCCGUGCCGUCGCGUCGCGUCGACGCGGUGUCCGUUGCGUAGCGCGGCGAUCGAUACUCGCGAUCGAUAUCGAGAAUUCUUGCGCGCGCGUUUGUGGGUACUCGGAUAUACGUGUCGCGGAACGUGCGCGCGCGCGCGCGCUUGAUCGCGCGGAAAAACUCUUAUUAUGCGACUACCAAAGUCGCGCCAUAAUCGCGAGCGGCGGGAAUCGAAUUAACCGGAGAAGAUAAAAGACUCAGCAGGAACAGCGGGAGAAGAAAGAGGCGGAGGAGGAGGAGGAGGCGGCGGCGGAGGAGGAGGAAGAAAGAUUUCAAGAUAGAGGGAGAUAAUCAUCGUGACGGACGAGGACACGACGACGAGCGCUCGACGAUCGCUCGCUCGUCGUCGGUUGCCGCGGCGGAGUCGCCGUUACGCGUGAGGUUUCGCCGCGCGGCAGCUGCAGCGGAAGCGUCGUCGGCGUCGACGGCGGCGGCGGCGGCGGCGGCGGCAACAGCGGCACAGCAACAGUAAGCACAUUGGCAGCAUCGGUGGCGGCGACAACGACGACGACGACGACGACGACGACACAACGGCUAAGGCAACCGGCUCGGGGACGUCGCAGAACAACGACGAGCAGCACGACGACGAGGAGGAAGAGGAGGAGGAGGAAGAGGAGGAAGAAGACGACGACGACGACGAGAGCGACGACGAUAGCGACGACGAGAUGGAGGAGAGUCAGCUGCUGAUGACGGAACUUCCAUCGCCGUUGACGCCGAGCGCCGGUGGUCGUGGCGGCACAACGCUGCUACACCGUCCAGGCCAUUACUCCCUGCAUCAGCCGCACCUGGCGAUCCCGACGUCGCAGAACCAGGCGAUUCUCCAGCAGCACAAUUCGAGCGGCGGCACGGCGCCGCAUUACGGCGGCAGUGCCGCCGAUGGCAAUGGCGCCUGCGGUGGCGGCGGUGCCGCCGGUGGUGGCGGCGGCGGCGGCGGCGGCGGCGGUGGAGCCGGUGGCGGUGGUACCGCGACCGCUGCCUCUCUCCCGACGGCCUACACCGUCAGCGGCUGCCAGGGUGGUAUCUCGUCGUCGCGGCUGCACCAGCUGCAUCCGCAUCAGGUGCAUCAGCGCGGCAUCACGACGACGCACGGCCAGCUCGCUCCAGCCAGCACCCACGUGUCCUCCCUCUAUCCGGAGAUUCUGGCCCUCAUCUUCAGCUACCUGGACGUCCGCGACAAGGGACGCGCCGCGCAGGUGUGCACCGCGUGGCGCGACGCCGCCUACUACCGCUCGGUUUGGCGAGGGGUGGAGGCACGGCUGCACCUCAGGAAGCAGGCACCGGCCUUGUUCGCCAGCCUCGUGCGACGCGGCGUCAAGAAGGUCCAAGUCUUGUCCCUGCGCCGCGGCCUCAGCGACGUGCUCAAGGGCGUGCCGAAUCUCGAGGCGCUCAAUUUAUCCGGCUGCUACAACAUCACCGACAUCGGUAUCACGAACGCCUUCUGCCAGGAAUACCCGUCCCUCACCGAGCUCAAUCUGUCGCUCUGCAAGCAGGUGACCGACACCUCUCUCAGCAGGAUAGCGCAGUACUUGAAGAAUCUCGAGCAUCUCGAGCUGGGCGGCUGUUGCAACAUCACCAACACCGGUCUCCUGCUGAUCGCGUGGGGCCUGAAGAAACUCAAGCGACUGGAUCUGCGAAGUUGCUGGCACGUCUCCGACAUAGGUAUCGCUCAUUUGGCCGGUCUGAAUCGCGAGACCGCCGACGGUAAUCUCGCCCUGGAGCAUCUGAGCCUUCAGGACUGCCAACGGCUGAGCGACGAGGCGCUCAGGCACGUGUCGCUCGGCUUCACCACUCUCAAGUCCAUCAAUCUGUCCUUCUGCGUGUGCAUCACCGACUCCGGUGUCAAACACUUGGCCAGGAUGUCGAGUCUGCGCGAACUGAAUCUGCGCUCGUGCGACAACAUCUCGGACAUCGGCAUGGCGUACUUGGCCGAGGGUGGCAGCCGCAUCACCUCGCUCGACGUAUCGUUUUGCGACAAGAUCGGCGAUCAGGCGCUCGUGCACAUCUCCCAAGGCCUGUUCAAUCUCAAAUCCCUCUCGCUGUCCGCCUGCCAGAUCAGCGACGAGGGUAUCUGCAAGAUCGCCAAGACCCUGCACGAUCUCGAGACUCUCAACAUUGGCCAGUGUAGUCGGCUCACCGACCGGGGUCUCCACACCGUCGCCGAGAGCAUGAAGAACCUCAAGUGCAUCGACCUUUACGGCUGCACGAAGAUCACCACCAGCGGCCUCGAACGGAUAAUGAAGCUGCCGCAGCUCAGUACGUUAAAUCUUGGUCUGUGGCACGUGCGGUGAUGGCUUUUUCCGUUGCUAAGUGCUCAGGACGAACGCUGUCAACAUCAUCGUCAUCGGCAUCGUCAUCGUCACCGAUGCAAUCCAAGGAAAACUUGGUCUUCGCGCGCAUGUUCACACUGCCGCAGGCGGUAAGUCCGUUGCUGUCUCUCCCGGCGCGACGCGUCGCGGCGCGGCGUGGCGCACGAAGUCGCCCGAACGCCCUCGACAUCGGCAUCUAUACGACCUCGUUGGCGAAUAGCGUUUAGCUCGUUUCUCCGCCCGAGACGGGAAUUCCCCCUUUUCCGAGGGGGGAAGCGACGCGCUCGUUCUCGAGAGGCACCGUUUCUCAAAAGCAAAUGGCAUUACGUCCCUUCGUGGAGCGCUUCCUUUUCCAAAAAAAAAAAAGAAAAAAAAACAGAAAAGAAAAAGAAAGCGACCGUUACGUGCAUACGUAUUUUCGAUCGUAUUUGAUCGUCGCGCGUCGAAGACGAUUUCUAGAUUAAUUAAAUGACGAGUUCGAUGAGUCUCAAACGCUUCGAUUUAACUCUCGACUCGCUCGAUCCUUGAAAAUUUAGGAGAAAAGAAUGAAACGAAUAUCGCGUGUAGGGUUUUCUCUCUCAUUGCCUCCGUGAGGCUACUACGAUCAUCGACGGUAUGCAUUUGGCAAUCGACAUAAUAUUUUUAGAUCAAAGAUUGGGAUUAACAUUAUUUCAACGAGUUUCUCUCUUUUUUUCUUUUUUUUUCUUUUUUUAGAAAAUAUGUGUCUGAAAAUGAUUAUUAUACGCAUUUACGUUAUAUAGUAAAAUCAUCUUCGGUAUAACAAAUUUGAACUCGAUGAAACAAUAACAAUUUCAAUCUCUAAAUUAGUCGUCUUUUCUUAUCGCGUUAUUUUUCUCAUUUACGCGGGUUUUGACAAAAAUAUAUUGAUAAAACGACUCAUAAUUUAACUAGAGAUGGGCAACUCUUUCACAAAAAUUUUUUUGAUUAUUAUAGAUCGAAAAAAUUAACUUGAAAAUCGAUUUGCUAAAAAAAUCAAAGAAUUGAUCUAUCAAAGAUCGAUCUUUUAAGCUUAUAAAAUAUUAAAUAUUAUUUGAGGCAAUUAUAUAAUUAUUAAUAAGUAUAACACAUUUUUGUUCAAAUAAGAAUAAUUGUUCGUUGCUGCAGUUUGACCAAUUACAUCUUAAAAAGCACAAAAUAUUUAUAAAACAUUUUUUAAAUAUUUAUAAAGAGAUUAAGAUUAGAAGUGUACAAAUAGUUGGAAUUCGAAUCGAAUCACAGUGGAAGAUCGCCCAUCCUAACCUAGAUUAAAUGUCUGUGCAUCCUGAAUAAAAACAGAGUACAUGACGUACUCUGAAAGCAUAUUUUUUUGUUAAAUAAGUUGAAUUAAUUCACAAAAAUGUUAUGCUUCCCGUUUUUUAUUUGGAUGUUUCGAAUAUAAAACGCGAUUUUCUUGACACUAAUUCUCUUAUCUUUCAUUGUGUUCUUAUCUGUAGCUAAUGAUUACGAUAUGUGCAAUAUGAAAUAGGAGCACUUUUUCUACAAGUUCUCUAUUUCUUUCCUCCCACGGAUUGUUAAAAACAGAGAGGCAAUGCUUGAACUUAUACCUCGCACAAAGUUUACCUCCUCAUCACUUGGGGCUCAUCAGUAAUCAGAAUAGAGUUGCGAGACAUAUCCAAAUCUAAUAUCCUCACCCAAGAUUCUUCCAACUCUUUAAUACACGUUAUUCACCAUCCUUAAUCCAAAUGACUGGAGUUGGACUUUUCUUGUAAAUUAGGAUUCUAGGAUUAAAGGUGUAUCGAGAAACUAAUUCUUCAAUGCCUUUGUUCAGAACGGUAGACUUUAGUGAUGGUUGAGCCUCAACAAAAUCAAGCCUAAUUCAGUUUGAUUUUGAACACUCAAAGCAGGUGUUGCACUGUGUGGGAGAAUAAAAUACUACUCACAUACCCGCAUCUUUUUUACACAAGAAGAAAUACAAUUGUACACAAUUCCUUUCAAUAAUAGUGUCAAUGUCCAUGUCAGGUACGACUUGUGUAAAGUCACUCACUUUCCUAGGAGACUGGAAGGAACUGGUAGAAAUAUCCACUAGAUCAAUGGAUCUCAAAUAAGUCUCUGAUAUACGGCGUUUACCAACUCCUGUUUGAGUAGACCUAAUAAUGAUUGUAGAUCUAAUAAUGAUGUCUAUACUGACAAGUCUGGUGAAUCACCAAGUUGUAACUCGGAGGGCUGGAAAACAAAUUCAGACUCAUCACCUAGCGAGUAUAUAUCCAUAAUUUAUUCCGUCUUAUAUUCCCCUUCAAAUUUUUUGGCAAUAUUUUUUUAUUACAAUAUUACAACCUAAUGGAUAUUUUUAUACAAGUACAAAAUAAUCCUUUAGGUUGGUUUGAGAAAUAAAAAUACCACUACUCUCACUAGUUAAUUAAAUUCAAUAGUUGAUUUGAUUUUUAUCAGUUAAGUAUUUAUUUUCAUUUGACUCUACAAUAUCCAUUGAUUGAUCAGAUAAAUUAAUCGAUUUAUUCUAGUUCAUUUUCUAAACAAUCAAAGUACUUUAUAUUUUCUUAUUUUACAUGAUAGUUUAUUCACGUAUGUAAUUUCUUUUGUAAUAAAAAAAAAAAAAAAGGAAACAUCUAAAAAUUCAGGUUUUUACGUAUAUUUUUAUCAGGUUUGAUAUAGAAAGAUUCAAGAUUAUUGCAAUAUUGCUGCUAAGAGCUAUGUGCUUUUUAUACUGGCAUGUCCUUGGUCUGUUCCGCGCUUCUUAAUCUGCAUAAUUUGCAUGUUUGACGUAAUAGUACAUCUAUCGGGUGUGAUUUAAAUUUCACGAUUUACAAUCAUUAUAAUUAUAAAAGUAGAAAAAUACAACAUUUUCUACCUUUUUAAAUGUUUGCGGAGUUAUGUAUUUUCUGUUAAUGGAAGACAUUUAUAUUAUGAUAUACUGAAAAAAUACAGUUAUGUAAUAUGGGAUAUACUAUACUGUGUCAUCGGCGAAUAACACCCUAAUGCUCGUAAAAAUCGCUAAAAGCAUUUUUAAACGCGCCAGGGAUUAAGCAAUAUUACGUUUCGUUUCACGAGCCGCAGGGCACAAAUUAUACAUAUCUUCUGUUUUCGCGGAAUAGAAUGACUAUUUUAUGUUUUUAGCAAGAUUUAAGUACUAUUAGUUGAGUUUGUUUCAUUUAAUAAAUACGAUGAUGUACGUUUCUUGGUUCACGUUGAUUUUCUAAAAUGUUUCAUCGGUGAAAGAAGUUUAUUUACAGAAAACUAAUUUGGUGUAUGUGGAAUCUAUAUUUGGGUUUUUUUACCGGUGACUGACCGCAAUUUUCUUCUUGACGAAAGGAAGCCGGAAUGAAUAAUAAGCCGCAAUAUUUAAUUACUAAAUCUGUUUUAUUGUCUUUUAAUAUUUAAUUAUCGAAGGAAAGGUGUGCUUCAAGUUUCUAUAUAGUUCUUAAUUUUCAAAGAAUUAAAAUGCACGAAGUGCUCACUUUUCAUUGUGAGAUAUCUCGAUUGUUUCACUUGUUAUAAUAUCUAUUGGAUAUUGAAGUAAAAUUAACGGAGGUAGGAGUACACUUACUUAUAUAGACAACUUCGCCAUGACUUCGAAUUGUUGCUGUAUAUCCAGGACCAUUCAUAUAUUUAUAAGCGAAUUUUAGAGGAGAGUUCUUUGUAGUCGUUAUGAUAUUUUGGAUGAUUUUUGUUUUUGCUAAACAAGAAUCAAAACUUAUUUUUCUAUCAAUUUGGUUUUUAAUAUGGCGCAUUGUAAAAACUAAUUUAGAAUUGAAAUAAGUCAUAAUAUUUAUAUUUUUGCCCUACUUUAUUUUGUCACACGAUAAUAUUAACGACAUCGUGUUGGUUAGAAGUGCUCAGCCAGUCACGAUCGGCUGGCUCAGUUGGAAACCAUUGGUUCGACACAUGCUGCCAAACUUUACGUACCAUAGCACCUGGAUAGGUUACCAACUCAUGAAAAGGUGUUGCAUUGGUGGUACUGUUCUCUUGAAAGUGACCUAUGACCAAGCAAAUCCAAUAUUAGUAGUACUAUUAUCAGACUGCUAAUACACGCGGAUUCUAUGGAACUUUAUCUCAGUAAAUUGGAAUGGUAAACCGAGAUUUGGUGAAUAACUCAAGUCAACUCAACGAUUCUUAAGUUAAAAGACAAAAAUCUGAUUGGUUAUCUCAAGCUCAUAUGGUAUAAGCAAUCGACGCGUGUUGGAUAUGAUAAAUUGGCGUGGAGCAGCAUUUGUCAUAGGACUAGUUAACCGUCAGCGUCUGAUGAUAGGAUCUGUUCGACGUUGUCUGUUCCGUCGGGAAGAUCGAAUCUCGGUAAGAAGACCUAUCAAGUAUGUAGGAAUGGAGACCAUGGCUUUACAAGAAUUAAUAAACAGAUGGUAAUAAUAAUUGUAAGCAUAGAAGUGUGGCCAAAAAAAACAGAGGCACUAUUGUUCUUUUCACCGAGCGUCCGAACAAUGCACUCUGAACACACUUUAACAAUUCAGAGCACUCCAUAAGGUAUGGAAGAAUCCCUAUGGCCAGAAGGGCGUUGACGUGCAAAUCACCAAGAAAGAAACAAGACUCCGUAAACCAAUAAAACUCAAAUUACUUCGAGUAUAAAUGUCUGCGAAUUCUCCGCGAAGCGAAAUCGGCCGCGUUAAAUUCGCGAAACUUUAAUUAAUUUACGUUUUGGACUUACUUACUCUUCUUCAGCAUAAAUUAUUUUGAUUGAGCUGAAUUAAGGAACAUAAGGAACAAUUAUAAUUAUUGAUAAUGAUGAAGGUUUUGGAAUACCAUAUUAGAUGACCGAAUCAAUUAAUAGUUAUGAUAUCGGAACUUGAUAAUUUAAAUAACUACAUUGGGAUAAAAAAUACGCGAUCGCCAAACAGAGACACAGCUAAACGCUACUGCGAACAACCCACAAAAAUAUUACAACAAUUAACGCGACUUAGCUAUGGCGUCGGCGACGCUCUCAGUAAACGGAACCAACGAAAAUUAAGGCGCGACUUGAUCGGAUAAGACGCACGACGGACAACACGCGAUCACCGGCGUGCUCCAAUUUCAGCGGAAAAUCUUUCAGUAACGCGGACUCUAAUUACGACGACCGCACGCGCGCGCGACUCAUCCGAUCGGCGAAAUCGGUGGAUUUACAAUGGCUCUCGUUCGUCUCACGACGCAGACCUGGCUCCAGGAAAAGUCGUCCUCACAUGUUAAAUUACA